GAUUACGACAUCAUUUACAAGAAUAUAGUCCUAUCAUUACUUGGGAUAAGUUGUUUUGCAGCAUUUUGUCUAGUUUUUCUGUAUCACUGCAUUGCACCAGUACACCCAAAACCUAUCCAAUCGUUUAUUGAUAGAUAAAUAUGGCCGUAGCUCCACUUCUAAGAAGCAGCCGCCCUUUAUCAAUAAAGUCAAGAAAUUUGUUUACUAGUGGACUGUUAAAAAGACUAAUCGACAUAAAAGGUAAUGACGAAUUUCUAUCGAAAGUCAUGAACUCCCACAACCCAGUGAUAGUAAAUUUUCACGCUGAGUGGUGUGAACCAUGCCACAUUUUGACCCCUAAAAUGAAGGAGCUUAUCGAGCCAAUGACCAACAUAGAUCUAGCGAUAGUAGAUGUAGAAAAUCAUGCCGAACUAGUGCAUACUUUUGAAGUAAAAGCAGUUCCUGCAGUAAUUGCAGUCAGGGAUGGUUUAGUAGUUGAUAAAUUCAUUGGUUUGGUAGACGCCACCAUGAUAGAAAAUUUGAUAAGUAAAUUAGGUAAAAAGUUGUGAGGCUAAAAUUUGUUAAUUGUUUAUUCCAUGCCUGUUAGAGCCAAAGGAUUUUAUUUAUCUUUUGUUAAAAGUUUUUGCUAUAGUUUAUUCCAGAAUUCGCUUUGGUCUGGCAAAAAUAGGGACCAAAAUCGGAAGUUUGUUUAGUUUCAAUUUCCCUUAUGGCAAUAGCAAUUUCCAGCAAUAUUAGUCUCGCGUAAAUGUAUCCUUACCAUGCCAGAUCUGUUUGGUCUAUGGUUUGCAAUAUGAUAAAAUACAAUAUUCUUUCAAUUUUUAUAAAUUAAUUGAUUCCACUGGGCUUGAUUUUGCGGCAGUCCUUCGUUUUCCAAUCACUUUACCACUAUAGGCGCCAACUUUUAAUGGGAUUGAAGCGAAAUUAAUAAUAAUUGAUACAAAUAAUUUUCAUUUAAAUCAUAUCAGUUCACUAAAUUCAUUCAAAAGGAAAUAACGGCAAUAUUGAAAUUGUCAAUUUAUAAAUUUGACUGAGCGAAAAGUCACAGACCUUUAAACGAAAACACCAACUUAUGUAGAACAGUGUAGGCUUCACUGUGGGUAAUAGCUGUUAAUUGUUUUAAAAAUAUACAUGUGAACUUCUAUUUGGUGUACAUAAAAGUGUAUAUAAUAAAACGAAACUUUA